GAAGGCUCUAUAUGUGGAGAACAUUGGCCGGUAGGCCAAUGGGGGGCCAAUGUCCCACACCCCUCAAAAAUUCUCUUAAGCCUCAGGUUAAUUUGGCGAGCCAAUCUCUCCACCUCUUAGUUUCUAAUACUGCAGGGGCGAUGUAGGUAGCUAGGAAGGGCGUCCUCCUCAGGGAAGCAACUGGGUUUUGUCUUUUGAUCGAAGCACCACUGGCCAACUUUACAGUAUCAGCAGGAACUUUUGGACUUUAAUAUGGUUACCCUUUAGAAAGCAGAAUUAAGCAGGCUUUCUUUCAAGCGCGGCCCGUGCUGUUUACAUUGACUGCAUUUCAAGGGGCUUGGAAUGGUACAUAGAGCUGUACAUUAGGAACAAAAAGUGCACCACCGCUUGCACUGCUGUUGCUUGUCAAUGAAGUGAGGAGCGGGGGUUCCAUGCUAACCUUGAGGUUAGUUCCAGGUAAGUUGAGUAGCAACACCGUUCUUGGCCCCAACCCAACAGAGAGUUGCAGCUGGUCCAGAGACAUGGCGUUUAUCCAUGCGGCAAGGAACCAACUUAGACUGGGUAUACUUGACAGUCCCGCAGAUGGCAAGGCCUUUCAAAGGGUUCACCAGUCGGGGACUCAAUAUAGUCCAAGUGCGGCAAUACUAGGGAGAAAGAGAUGCUCUUGUUGGACACGACCUCUGUUGAGACCGCAGUUGCCGACGUUCGUCUGGCCCAAUGCGCAAUUGACACCAUUCCAGACAAGUCACGAUAGCAAUCAGAACCCUGGCAGAAAGAGCGUCAGACGGAGGUUGUCAUUGUGCCGGGCAUCCGCCGAUCAAAGUGGGGCUCCCCCGGAGGAGCGGGACUUUUUUGUGGAGAACGAGGGGACGGUGCGGGCCCUGCCAUUGAUCGCGGGCGGAGUCGGGGGCUUGCUGGUGGUUCUCAACCGGGCAGUCUCAGGGAUCGCGGCCGUUGCUGACGCAAGCAGCGCGCAGUCCCGUGCGGACGUCCUGGUGUUGGUCCUCGCCGCGACGCUACUGCUCACGGGGCUCGUCUGGAGAUCGAUCCGGUCCCGGCCGACGGUGUCCGUCGAACUAGACGGCGUGCCGUGCCUCCGCGUAAGCCCGUCGCUACCGAAAGCAGCGAAGGGCGAGCUCCUAUGGGCGUGGGACCUGCUGCAAAGGGCGACCAGAUGCCGGGCUCUCGUGGUAAUCUACCGCAACAAGGUCGCCCUCCAAGCGGGCGCCGCCCGGGCUUCUGAGAGGGCCGACGAAGCCGCCGAGAUUGACGCCUCCGAACUAGUGCGGGGAAAAAUCUCGUCGGCUGUGCUUCGAGCGGGAAAAGCAAACUACUUCGCGAAUCUGGCGCUGUUCCCGGGACGAUUCGAGUUUCUGGGGUUCCUUCCGGAGAACACGCAGGGCUUGAUAGUGCAGCCUCUAGGCGACGAAGGAUUAUUGCUAGCAGCGACUGAUACCGUUCGAGGCUUUGUUCCAAAAGACCAAGCAUGGAUUGCCACACUUGGAGAGAAACUAGACACCACCUUACAAGAUUGGAAAGAUGGAGACGAAAAGGUUGUUGAGGAGACACCCCCCAAACGGACGUUAACAUCUUUGUAACAGUGCCUUCAUCAGUUGACGUGACGUGAUGGGCCCAACAAUCGAACGUCCGCCACUUGCACGGCCAUACUAUGAAGGCACUGUGAGGAUUUGCAUUGGCCAAAAUAUUAAAUGUAAUCCCUUGACUAGCCUGGUCGCGUCUUGCUUGGGCGGCAUCAUUGCAUAUAACAACGGUUCUACAGUGGAACUCCUUUGUACACGUGACCAAGAACUGCAAUCUGGGAGUGUGGAC